AGUCAAGCUGGUAUCCGCCGAGUUGCCGCUCAGUCUUGAAUCUGCUCAUCGGCUGCAGGAUGAACUGAUGCGCGGCCGCCGAGAUGGGCUUUUCGGAUAAACGCCUCUUGGAGACCCUGUGCCUGCUGCUGUGUGUGGCACUAGCCUCGGAUUCUGCGGAAGUAGAGGAAACAACAACAUGUUCAACAGAUAACUUCAGAUGCAGUAAUGGUAGAUGUGUUCCUCAACGGUGGGUCUGUGAUUACCAAAGGGACUGUGAAGGGGGCGAGGAUGAACACCAGUCUUGUGCCCCGCCACAAUGUAAUCCAAACCAAUUUUCCUGUGGGCAGUAUGUUUUUAAUCAAUCCUACUGCAUACCAAAGCACUGGAAAUGUGACAAUGUAGUAGACUGUGUGGAUGGAACUGAUGAAAGUGGCAACUGUAAAUAUCGUGUGUGUGAAGAAGGUGACCAUAAGUGUGGCAGUGGUUUGUGUGUGCCUGCAUCCAAAAAGUGUGAUGGCUACUAUGAUUGCAGAGAUGAGAGCGAUGAAGCCUCCUGUGCCACAAAUGGAACUUCCUGUAGGCUAAAUGAGUUUCGAUGUCGGCAUGGAAACAAGUGCAUCGACGAAAGCAAAAAAUGUGACCACUGGGAUGACUGUGGAGAUAACUCUGACGAAGAGGGCUGCGAUUUUGCACCUUGCAACGAGGGCCAAUUUCGUUGUACCAAUGCCAUUUGCAUUCCGAUCCGUUGGCGAUGUGACGGACACUCCGACUGCUCGGAUCAGUCGGACGAACGAAAUUGCACAUCUGUCACAUGCCUAGACACAAAAUUUUUAUGCCCUUCGGAGAAAAAGUGUAUAGACAAAUCAAAGCUGUGCGAUGGAAAGCAAGACUGUGACGACGGUGCAGACGAGAAAAAGAACUGCUCUUCGAACUUGUGUCGAACUCUGUCCUGUGAGUACGGGUGUCGAGCGUCCUUGGAUGGGGGUGACUGCUUUUGUGCACCAGGAAUGACCAUCAACACUAAGGACAAAAGAACGUGCGUCGACCUGAAUGAAUGCUCGGAGUGGGGUUACUGCGACCAGUUGUGCACCAACAGCCCCGGCAGCUUCCAGUGCCUCUGCGUUCGAGGCUACACCCUGGACCCCCCGAGGCACUGCAAGGCGGACAACAGCUCCUCAAUGCGACUCCUGUUCACUCGCCAUAAUGCCAUCUACUCGGUGAGUGCUGAUGGGGCCGACCUGAGCAUCCUGGCCAAUGCAUCGUCUGCCAGCGGGCUGGACUACCACUAUGAACGCAACACCGUCUAUUGGACUGACACUGAGACCAAGCAGAUUCACUCGAUGCGGAUGGUGGGGGACAUGGAACAGAGGCCCCCCAUAAGCGUAGUGUUCACAUGGAAUCCAGUGUCGAUGGCAGUCGACUGGGUCGGAAACAAGCUGUACGUCUGCGACUCUCUCGGCCAGAAGAUCGACCUCCUGGAAAUGGACGGGCUGCGUCACGCGAUUGUCCUCAGCAGGAAUCUCUCCAACCCGCAGGACAUAGCUCUGGACCCCACCGUAGGGUACAUGUUCUUCAGUGACGGGGAUCACAUUGACCGUGCUCACAUGGACGGGUCGCACAGGAGCACCGUCGUCACCGCCAUCUAUAAGGCCACGGGUCUGACAGUGGACUAUGUCACUAAAUUUCUUGUGUGGUGCGACUCACAGUUAGAUCAGAUCGUGGCUGUGGACUACACUGGAAGCAACAGGAACAUCAUCAUUCGAGGAAGCACCCGAGUCCCGUCCCCCAAUAAGAUCACUUUGUUCGAGGACAAGGUGUACUGGACUGACGGAACACGGCAAGGCGUUCUCAAGGCCAAGAUUUUCAACAACAAUGACACCGUGAACAUAGUUCACAGAGACAGGCAGCUUUCCAAGGAGCCUGGGGCUAUCAAGUCCUACCACGUUCUUCGCCAGCCAAUCGUUGCCAAUCCUUGCGGCGUGAGCAAUGGCGGCUGCCAGCACAUGUGCAUCGUCACGAGGGGGUCUGGCGGGUUUGGUCUGCUGGGCUACAGGUGUGUCUGCCACACGGGAUUUGAGUUGGCUCCCAAUGGCAAGGACUGCUCCAGGGUGUCGACCUUUCUGCUGUACUCUCAGCAGAAGUUUGUCCGUGGCAGUCUUAUGAACAUCACUCAUGAAGGUUUCACGGAUGCCAUGGUUCCGAUUGUGAGCAAGUCUGCACGAUUUGUCGGGCUGGACUUCGAUGCCCGUGACAACUUCAUCUACUACUCGGAUGUCAUUUUGGACGUGAUUUACAGAGUCACAAUCGACGGUUCUGGCAAGGAGAAUGUGCUAGCCUCUCAGAAUGAGGGUGUGGAGGGCCUUGCUUUGGACUGGGUCUCGCACAACCUGUACUACAUUGACAGCCGCAAGGGCACGCUCAAUGUGAUCAGUGUCAAGAAUUUCCAGUAUCGGAGGACUCUUCUUAAGAAUCUCAAGCGCCCCCGGGCCAUUGUUGUCCACCCGAACAAAGGGUAUGUGUUCUACUCCGAGUGGGACCGGCCAGCCAACAUCAGCCGUGCUUAUCUGGACGGCACCAACGUGAUGGUUUUUCGUGGAGUCCUGCUGGGCUGGCCCAACGGCCUCAGCAUUGACUUCCAGACAGAUCGGCUGUAUUGGUGCGACGCACUCCUGGACCAUAUCCAGCAUGCCAAUCUAGAUGGAACAGAUGUGCAGACCAUCAAUUCUCCGCGCAUCAAGCACCCCUUUUCACUGGUCAUUCAUGGAGACUGGCUGUUUGUCACGGACUGGCGGCUGGAUGCCAUUCUGAUGAUGCACAAAACCACGGGGGCGGACGAGAAGAUUGUGACCACCGUGGAAGAGGGCAGCCGCCUGUACGGCAUCAAGGUCUACAGCCGAGAGAACCAGAAAGUGGACAGCCGGCAUCCGUGCCAGUUCAACAAUGGGGGAUGCCAGAAGCUGUGUUUCCCGGUGCCUUCCAACGGCAGCCAGGGCCCGGAUCUGGUGGUGAGCUGCGGCUGCCCCUACGGAGAGCAGCUGUCCAAGGACAACCGGACAUGCGUCUCUGACCCGACCGCCGAGCCACCGGUCCAGGCGUGCCCCAACACGUGGGACUUCACUUGCGACAACCAGCGCUGCAUCCCCAAGACGUGGGUGUGCGACGGGGAUGACGACUGCCUGGACAAUUCGGACGAGAUGAACAACUGCACCCGAAACACUUGCAGUCCUCGGGAGUUCCAGUGCAGCAGUGGACGCUGCAUUCCUCUUUCUUUCAAGUGUGACUCGGACAAUGAUUGUGGAGACUUCUCUGAUGAGACUGGCUGCACCAAUGUCAAGUGUGACAACUCGGAAUUCUCCUGUGAAAAUGGAAGGUGCAUUCCUCAGUCGUGGAAGUGCGACUCUGAGAACGACUGCGGCGAUGGUUCUGACGAAGGAGACUUUUGCAAGGAAAAGACGUGCGCCUACUACCAGUUCACCUGCCCCGGAUCAGGCCACUGUAUCCCGCGCAGCUGGGUGUGUGACGGGGACAACGACUGCUUCGACCAGGCAGACGAGAACAACUGCCCCCCAGCCGUGUGCAGCGCCUCGCAGUUUCAGUGUGCCAACAAGAAGCAGUGCAUCCACGAGAGUUACCGCUGCGAUGGAGUUAGCGACUGCCAAGACGGGUCAGACGAGCAGGGCUGCCCAUCCCUUGCCCCAGACCAGUGCGAUCAGGAGAAGUCCUUCCAGUGCAAGAAGUCCAGAGUGUGCAUACCCAAACUAUGGUUCUGCGAUGGAAAUGCAGACUGCGAGGAUGCCAGUGAUGAGCCGUCCUCCUGUGGCCAAGUGGAAUGCCCACAGAACCACUUCAAGUGCAACAACUCCAAGUGCAUUUUCAAGUCCUGGAUUUGCGAUGGGGAGGAUGACUGCGGAGACAACUCUGAUGAAGACAACAGGCACGCUUGUGGUGCACCCAAGUUCCAGUGCGAGCAUGGCAAGUGGCUGUGUCCUGGAGUUACGGAGCGCUGUGUCAAUAUUUCCUCGAUCUGCGACGGAAAAUCGGACUGUCCCAAUGGAGCCGACGAAGGGCCAGGCUGCGCUUCGACACCGUGCAAGGAAAACAAGGCGGGUUGCACGCACGAUUGCCACGUGACACCUAUGGGCCCACUGUGUGUCUGCCCCAAAGGCGAAGUGCUCAACGACUCGACCACCUGCGUUGACUUGAAUGAAUGCAACAUUGCUGGAUCAUGCAGCCAACACUGCACCAACAGCAAAGGAUCAUUUACUUGCGCAUGUGAAGACGGGUACCAACUUGAGCUCAAGCACAAGUGCAAAGCAACAAAUCGUUCCGAGGCAUUCCUGGUGAUCUCGAACCGGCGUUCCAUCCUUGUUGCCAACUUGGACACAAGCUUUCUGGAGCGUGUGCCGGUCAAAGUGGAAAAUGUGGUGGCUACUGCUUCAGACAUGGCCAGCAACACCAUCUACUGGUCAGACAUGAGCGUGAAAAAAGUGUUUCGGCUGACGAAGGGUGGGGAUCCCCAGGUGGUGAUUUCCAGUGGCCUUGACCUAGUGGAAGGGCUGGCAGUGGACUGGGUCGCUCGCAACCUUUACUGGGUGGACUCUCGGCUCAAGACAAUUGAAGUGUCCACUCUGGAUGGAAGGAACCAUAUUGUCCUGCUCAAGGAGAACAUCAGUCAACCCAGGGGCCUUUCCUUGGAUCCCAGAGAAGGAGUUCGACUCAUGUUCUGGACUGACUGGGGUGAGAAUCCACGAGUUGAGAGCGUGGGGCUUGAUGGCACCAUGCGCAAAACAAUUGUCCACACCAAGAUCUACUGGCCCAAUGGCCUGACCUUGGACCUGCCAAACAAGCGCAUCUACUUUGCGGACAGCAAGCUGGACUACAUCGACUUCUGCAACUAUGAUGGCUCUGGGCGCCAGCAGGUCUUGGCACACAAUCACUACCUGCUGCAUCCCCACUCGCUGACAAUCUUUGAGGACACUCUGUACUGGACAGACCGUCAGCUCAACCGAGUGCUUUCGUGCCAGAAGUUCCGGGGCACUAACCAGACAGUGGUCUCCCACUUGGUCAGCCAGCCCCUGGGCAUCCAUGUCAACCACCCGGUGCUGCAGCCACAGUCCAGCAACCCUUGCUCUAGUGCCCCAUGCUCGCAUCUCUGUCUGCUGUCUCCAUCCCGGCCCAGUCAGUAUUCGUGUCGUUGCCCACCCGGGUACACUCAGGACCGUGCAUCCGCAGGCGGAUCAUGCAUCCCGGUGGACACCCCCUUCUUGAUGCUGAUGAAAGCCAAUCAGCUGAUCGACAUGAGCCUCUCCCCUGACGAGAAGUCUGCUGGACAGAUUGUGCCCGUUAUUGGGAUUGAGAAUGGCUACGACUUUGACUACGACAAGCAGGAAGGCAUAAUCUACUGGGUUCAACUCUCGGAAGAUGACAAAGAAAAUGGCACAAUCUACACUGUUAGCCUCAAAGGAGGAAAUGUCACAAAAUUUUUAGUGGACAGCAUCAUCGGUGCGCCUUAUGCACUAGCCUUUGACUGGGUCGGGCGUAACCUAUACAUUGGAAAUCGAAAGGCCUCCAACAUUGAAAUAGUCAAGGUGGACGGAGAGAGAAAGUUCCGUCGGAUUCUUCUAACUAACGAUGGAUCUGAGAAGGGUGUCGGGAAGCCAAAGGCCAUGGUAGUGGACCCCGAGCAAGGGAAGCUUUUCUGGCUAGAUGAAGGCGGCAUCGGCGUCCCUCGAAAGCUGGCCCGAGUGUCUAUGGAUGGAAAGAACCCAAUUAUUCUGGUGAAAGAGAACCUGAGGCGUUUGGAAGCCUUGACCAUCGACCUAACUGGAAAGCGCAUCUACUGGAGUCAGAGCUUCGAAGGCAUUAUUGAAAGUGUGGACCUGGAUGGGAACGGUCGCAAGACUCUCGUCCCGAGCACACUGGGGCUGGCCAAACCCCAGGGGCUGACAGUGUUCAGCAACAAGCUCUACUACCUCGAUUCAGUGCACGAGAAGAUAGCGCGCGUGGAUCUCCCCGAUGGAGGCAAUCAAGUGGUGCUAGAAGACAACACGCCGGGUUUGGUGACGCUCAAGGUGUACGGCAAGAAGCCAGGUGACAGCCAUCCCUGCCGAAGCAACAGCGGGGGCUGUGAGCAGCUGUGCAUCCCGGUGUCCAACAACCAGCGGCAGUGCAUGUGCAGCACAGGCUACAAGGGCAACGGCGACACGUCGUGCAUGCCCUACUCGUCGUUCCUCGUUGUCUCUGAGCUCGACAAGGCCAGGGGUUACAGUCUGGAGGACCACGGCGAAGCCAUGCAGCCCAUUGCCGGACCAGGGCACAACAUUCUGCACCUGGACGUCCAUGUGGCGAUGAACCACAUUUACUGGAUUGAGUUCAACCAGGGGGAGCGUAAUGGCAUCUACCGCAUCAAGCCAGAUGGCACGGACCUGAAGCGUGUCAUUGCAGAUGGCAUCGGGAGCAAUGGCAUUCGAGGCGUUGCAGUCGAUUGGGUUGCAGGAAGUAUCUACUUCACCAAUGUCUUCCCUCACGAGACCUACAUGGAGGUUUGUGAACUGGAUGGUUCCAACAGAGUGAUCCUGCUCAAGACAACCACUGACUCACCACGAGAGAUUGCUGUGAACCCCAUCAAACGCUACCUCUACUGGAUUGAUUAUGGACAAUACCCUAAGAUCGAGAAGGCCUAUUUGGAUGGCACCAAUCGCGUUCCUAUUGUAGUCACCGGAAUCAGCAAUCCAAGGGAUCUUACUAUCGACAUUGUCACCCACGACGUCUACUGGGUCGACUCCAGAGAAGAUGCAGUUCAGAAAGUGGCCUUCUCGGGUGGCAGCCGCCAGUAUGUGAGGAAGAACCUGCCCAACCCCAUGGGAGUGGCCGUCUCUGGCCAGUAUGUCUACUGGGCCGACCGGAACCUGAGGACCAUCUACAGGGCCAGCAAGUUCCCGAGCAACACCUCGACCCCCGCAGAACCUGUCAAGUCGGACCUUAACAUGCUGCGAGAUAUUGUGGUCUUCGACAGUUCGAACCAGCCUCCAGCUUCUUCACCGUGCUCAACGCGUCCCUGUGACCAGCUGUGCUUUGCGAUGCCGGAAGCCUUCAAUAGCACCAAGUGGAAGUGUGGCUGUGCUUCGGGCGAGCUGGCACCGGACGGGCGGAAAUGUGACAUUUCAAAAGUGUUCCUGGUCUUCACGACACGUCGGGAGAUCAGAAGCCUUUUCAUGGACCCCCACAAGACAAAUGUACCGUUCCAGCCUCGAGGAAACCUCACCAAUGUGGUCGGACUUGAUUUCGACUAUGCUGACAAGAGAAUGUACUUCACACAGAUUCGUCCUGAUGGCAGCAUUUCUUGGGUGAAUCCCGACAAGAUGGACAUACACGUGGUACUGAACAAAACUAUAAAUCCCGAGGGCAUUGCAUUCGACUGGACGACCAAAAAGAUCUACUGGACCGACUCUGCCAAUCGCAGCAUAUAUGCCAUGAACAGAGACGGCAGUCAGCUUGUCAUGAUUGCCCAUGUAGAGAGGCCCAGGGCCAUCGUCUUGGAUCCCUGUGAAGGUUUCAUGUACUACACUGACUGGGGACGCUAUGGUAACACGGGCAAGAUCUACCGAGCAACAAUGGCUGGGAACAAGAAACAGGCUAUAGUAGAGCAAAACUUGACGCAACCAAGCGGGCUGGCUCUCGAUUAUGAGGACAAGAAGCUCUACUGGACGGAUGCUCUCAGAGAGAAGAUUGAACGCUCGGACCUGGACGGAAGCAACAGGGAAACCCUUGUGUCUGCUACCAUUUAUCCUUUUGCAAUUACGGUGUACGAGAACUAUAUUUACUGGACGGAUCUCCAGCUGCGUGGAGUUUAUCGGGCGGAGAAACAUACUGGUGCCGGAAUGGUGGAGAUGGUGAAGAGGCUCGAGGAAUCUCCCAGAGACAUCCAUAUUUACUCACCGGACCGGCAAAAAUGUGACAAAAAUCCUUGCAGUGUACAGAAUGGUGGCUGUGCUCAUUCCUGCCACCAGGCUCCCAAUGGCACUAUUGAGUGUCUUUGCAAUUCCACCUACAAGGUUGCAAACGAGGGCAGGAUGUGUGUUUCUGAGAAUGUUUCCUGCGACGACACUAAGUUUGCCUGUGGCAAUGGCAAGUGCAUCCCUCGUCUGUGGGCGUGUGACGGGGACGACGACUGCGGCGACAACACCGACGAAGACAAGUCGUUCUGCGCUCAGCACACGUGCGGCCCCACAGAGUUCAGGUGUGGAAACGGGCGCUGUAUCUUCAAGACCUGGAAGUGUGACCAUGAAAAUGACUGCGGCGACAGCACUGACGAGGAAGAUUGUGAGUACCCACCCUGUCCAGAUGGAGAGUUCACAUGCGCAAACUUUCGUUGCAUUCCGAAGACACAACUGUGCAAUGGAGUGAAUGAUUGCAAGGACAACAAGACGUCGGACGAGAGCCACGCGAACUGUCCCAACAACCGAACGUGCCCUGGUAACCACCUCAAGUGCGAAACGACCAACAUCUGCGUGGAGCCUUACUGGUUGUGCGAUGGGGACAAUGACUGUGGGGACAACUCCGACGAAGUGGCUUUCCUCUGCUCGCAGCGAACCUGCCCUCCCAACAGUUUCAGGUGCCCCAACCACCGGUGCAUUCCAGCAACUUGGCACUGCGACGGAGACGACGACUGUGGGGACGGAGCAGAUGAACCCGAGGACUAUUGCAAAAGUGAAAAGCGCACCUGCUUCGGGGACCUUUUCACGUGCGACAAUGGGAACUGUGUGCCGAGGAUUUACAUCUGCGACGGUGACAACGACUGCCUGGACAACUCGGACGAAGACGUGCGUCACCAGUGUGACACCCGUGAAUGUGAUCCUGAGCGGGAGUUCAAGUGCACUCAGAACAAGCAGUGGGGUCGAGCCACAUGCAUUCCCAAGCGCUGGGUUUGCGAUGGUGAUCCAGAUUGCGUGGAUGGCGCCGAUGAGAACUCCACGGUGCACAACUGCCCUGCCCCGGAGCCUUGCGAUGUUGAGAAGCAGUACCAGUGCAACAACCAGCGCUGCAUCAACAAGGACUGGGUUUGCGAUCACGACAACGACUGUGGAGACGGCUCAGACGAGCCAAGGAAUUGCACUUUCCGCAACUGUAGCUCGGAAGAGUUCACGUGCCGAAACGCCAAGUGCAUCCGGAAGUCUUAUCACUGCGAUGGGGAGGACGACUGCGGUGACGGCAGUGACGAGCUCGAGAAAGAUUGCAAGAAGGAGGAGACAACGUGCUCGGGUGCCCAAUUUGCCUGCAAGAAUGGGCAGUGCAUUCCAUAUGAACGGGUUUGCAACAAGCAGCAGGACUGCAGUGACGGGUCGGACGAGCCGACACACUGUAACGUCGACGAGUGUGCCAAAGUGGAGAUGAACCAGUGUGAGCACAAAUGUGUCAACACCCUGACGAGCUUCUAUUGUGAGUGCAACGAAGGCUACGAGCUACUCAAGGACGGAAAGGCUUGUGCCGACAGGAACGAGUGUCGAGUGAAGCCCUCGGUGUGCAGUCAGUACUGCAUCAACACGCCAGGCUCCUACUUCUGCAAGUGCAGCCAAACCUACUACGACCGAGAGUUGGAUGGUCACACGUGCAAGAGGAAAGACGAUGUGACGCCAUGGCUCAUUUUCAGCAACCGAUACUACUUGAGGAACACGAGUCUGGACGGCACUCAGUACAAUUUGGUCAAAAUGAACUUGCGAAAUGUUGUAGCCAUCGAUUUCGAUAUUAGGGAGCAGCGAAUUUACUUUGCCGACGUUGGAAAUAAGACGAUACAGAGGAUAUUUACCAAUGGAACUGGAGAGCAGGUUUUGGUUCGGCACGACGUUCACGGCCUGGAGGGAUUGGCAGUUGACUGGAUCGGAAGGAAAAUGUACUGGCUCGAUCGAACCAGCAAGCAGAUGUAUGUUGCCGAGCUCGAUGGGACCAGUAGGAAAACGGUUCUGCCCAAGGGAAUAUCCGACCCAAGAGCCAUUGCUGUCCACCCUGGCAUUGGGUACCUCUUUUUCACCGACUGGGGACACCAUGCUUUUAUUGGCCGUAUGGGUCUGGAUGGCAGCAACUUCACGCGCAUUGUCCUCUACGAGAACAAGCUGGUGUGGCCGAAUGCUCUGACGAUCGACUACUUCAGCGACAAGCUUUUCUGGGCAGAUGCCCAUUUGGACUACAUUGAAUUCUCUGAUUUGGAUGGCUCCAACCGGCACACGGUGCUUCAGGGGCGCAGUGUGCCCCACGUGUUUGCACUGUCAGUGUUUGACGACUGGCUCUUCUGGACUGACUGGAACAUGAAGGGAGUCUACCGGGCCCACAAGUUCACAGGAGAGAAGCUCCAAGUUCUGAGGAACACUUCACACCGUCCCUAUGACAUCCACGUCUACCACCCGUUGCGCCAGCUGGACUAUCCUAAUCCAUGUGGAAAGACCAAUGGCGGAUGUUCGCACCUUUGCCUCAUUUCGCCCGGUGCCGCAAGCUUCCAGUGCACUUGUCCGGACAACUUCAUCUUGCUGCCGGACAACAAGACGUGCAUUGCCAAUUGUACCGAGGGGCAGUUCCGCUGUGGAGGCACUGACGACCGCUGCAUCUCGGUCUUCUGGAAGUGCGAUGGUGACAAGGACUGUCGCGACGGCUCCGACGAAGUAGGAUGUCCUCCAUUUGCGUGCAAAAAGGGACAGUUUCAGUGCCACAAUAACUCCACUUGUGUGCCAAGGGUUAAGAUUUGCGAUGGCCACAAUGACUGCAACGACAAAAGUGACGAGAAGUUUUGUGGGUAUCCGUGUGGAGAGCAUAAUUUCAAGUGUCGCAAUACUGGUCGGUGCGUUCCCGUGUCUUGGCAGUGCGACGGUGACAACGACUGCACAGAUGGCUCCGACGAGGAUCCGGCCAUUUGUCAUCACCAGGAGUGCAACACGGACACUCAGUACAAAUGCAACAAUGGAAAAUGCAUUCCAAAGCUGUGGUACUGCGAUUUUGAUGACGACUGUGGCGACAACUCGGACGAGCCUGCUCACAAGUGCAGGAACCGCAACUGCACCACCGGCUGGCAGAAGUGCCCUUCCGUAACCAACUAUCGGUGCAUUCCGACGUGGCUCUUUUGCGACGGCAAGGACGACUGCCGCGAUAACUCCGACGAGACGAGCCCAGAGUACUGUCCCAAGUGCCACGAGACGGGGGAUUUCAAGUGCCGCAACAAUCGGUGCAUUCCCCUGCGAUGGAGGUGCGACUUCGAAGAUGACUGUGGCGAUAACUCCGACGAGGAUGGCACCAUGUGCGCGGAACUUUACCGGGACUGUUCGGAGAGUGAAUUCCAGUGCGCCAACAAGAAGUGCAUUCCGUCAAGGUGGCGGUGCGAUCACGACAACGAUUGCGAGGAUGGAAGUGACGAAAAAGAUUGUCUGAAUUACGAAUGCAAAGAGAACCAAUUCAAAUGCACCAGUGGACACUGCAUCCUCAAAAGACUCGUGUGCGACGGAAACAAGGAUUGUCACGACGUUUCGGACGAGCUCAACUGCCCGACCCGAUUCCCCGGGGGCCUUUACUGUCAGGACAUGUUCCAGUGCAACAACACUGUUUGCAUCCGGCCCGACUUCAUGUGCGAUGGCGAUGACGACUGUGGAGACUUCUCGGACGAGGCCGACUCUAUCUGCAAGGACCACAAAUGCGAUGUCACCCGCAAGUUCCAGUGCCAGAACAACAAAUGCAUCCCACUGUGGCAGCUGUGCAACGGAAACGAUGAUUGUGGAGACGGCUCGGAUGAGAAUAACCACCAGCUGUGUGGGAAAUUGGCGCCCCUGCCCUGUCUGGCCACAGAGUUUAAGUGCACCAAUGGCAAGUGCGUGCCCAGAAUGGACGUGUGCAACCAUGAGGACGACUGUGGAGACCUAUCGGACGAGCGGGGCUGCCAUGAAGGCACAUGUGACGCGACGUCUCGUGGAAACUGCGAGCACAACUGUACCACGCUGGGCGACUCCAAUGGUUACAUCUGCACAUGCGCCAAUGGCUACAAGAUAAAGGAGGACGAUCCCAAGCGAUGUGAAGACAUUAACGAGUGUGCCACCUUUGGUCACAACUGUUCCCAAAUCUGUGAAAAUUUGAUGGGAGACUAUGGCUGCCGUUGCAGAGAAGGCUACGAGAUGUUCAAAUCGCAUUGCCAUGCUAAAGGACCUGCCCCCAUUAUUCUCUACACCAACGGUCCAGACGUCAGGAUGCUGGAUAUGAAGAAUGAAAUCCAGAGCUCUGUUAUCACGGGAGAGAGCAGAGUCCAGUCGCUGGACUUUGAUCCACGAGAGAAUGUGCUAUAUUGGACGGACUCCUACGAGAAGACCAUCAAAAGAGCAUUUUUGCCCAACCUCACGGAUGUGAGCUCAGGCAUUGGGUUCCCACAGAAUCUGGAGCUGAAGGGCCUAAACAAACCAAACGCCAUUGCAGUCGACUGGGUGGGCAGGACGAUCUACUGGAUGGACACAGACUUGUCGAACACACGUCCCAAGGGCCGCAUUCUGGUCAGCCUGAUCGACGGCCGCUACCGAAGGACCCUCCUCUCCACCAAUCUAGAGAGGCCUACCUCGAUGGCUGUAGAUCCAGAAAUGGGCUGGAUGUUCUGGUCUGACGCUGGCUCCAACCCGAAGAUUGAGACUGCUUGGAUGGAUGGCUCAAAGCGCCGUAUCAUUGUGGGCGACAAAGUCGGCUACCCAACAGGCCUGACCAUUGACUAUGCCUCUGACCACCGAGUGUACUGGUGCGACAGCAAGUUGAACACAAUCGAGACUUCCAAGCAGGACGGCUCCAACCGGGUCGUCCUUGCUAGUGGAGAAUUACUGCAUCCAUUUGCAAUGGAUCUGUUUGAAGAUAGCAUAUUCUGGGUGACUCGAGACUCCGGCGAGAUCUUCCGGCAAGACAAACACGGCCGAGGUGUAAAAGUUCGCGUCAAGAGAAAUGUUGAAAAUCCAACUGGCGUAAAAAUCUUCCAGCCACUCAAAUACAACCUGACAGUUUUGAACCGCUGCCCUUCGUCGGCAUGUUCACAUCUCUGCCUCUUGGUCCCGCAAGGCUACCGCUGCGCCUGCCCCGAUGGAACUUCUCUGCACGUCGUCAAUUUCGGCAGCUGCGAUGCAGGGUUUGAAGUGCCAAAGCCACAGCCAUACAAGUGCCCGUGCCGCAACGGCGGCCACUGCGAGAGCGUACGUGAUGACCAGAUUGUCUGUCGAUGCCCGAGCGAGUUUGAAGGCAUGCACUGCGAAAACUUCAUAGCUCGGAGGCGGAUCUCUUCCUUGUCUGGGGCAAGCGGUGUUGCUGCUGUCUUGGUUCCCAUUAUCGUUGUCAUCAUCAUAAUGAUUGUAGCUGCCACGCUGUUUGUCUGCGUCCGCCGAAGGCACUUCAAACAAAGCGGGCUCGGCGGGAGCACCCAGAGCGUCUCAUUCCGGAGUGGCACCAACGUGGAGUUCUCUCCCAACUUCAUGAGAAACCGGCCAGCUGAAACAAAUGGGGAGCCAUUGGAUGCGGAGUUUGGCCUGAACGACGUCAACAAGCCGACGGACUUCAGCAACCCGAUGUAUGACGCGUUGGGGAACACGGAGACGCCGGUUGCGACCGGCGAGCCAGCGAAAGGGGGGCUCUACGAAGUGCCCGGGGACGUUUUCGACAAGAAGUACGACAAGAACUGCUUCGAGCCAGCGAGCAACAAGGCAGUGAAUGUGGGGAGCGCAGUGCUACACCCGUCGAUGGUGCUACACCGGUCGUCGCCGCACGUGCCUCUGCGGCAGACGGCGCUGGACCCCACGACGGUAGACACGGACAAGGACACACAGAACUUGGUGGAGGAAGACAAGUCAGAAUGCUGAGUGUGGCAGCCCCAGGUCGGCAAUAGUUAACGAGCGAAGACUUUCCGUCGUGGUAAUGUCUGAGCAUUGCGUUAGCGGGGGACAGUGUACAUAUCUAACUGUUCUAGAAGAGAGCUCUAUCGCGUGGUGCCAGGCGGCACGGUGGUUCCCCAGGCCAAGGGACGGUUGCUAAGGAAGGGGGGCCCGGCACGGUUAUUUAAGUCUCUCAUAAAAUGCCUCGGAGAUGCCGGUGGGAGGCCGACCCACAGGGUUGCCCGGCACUCCCUCCGAGCGUUUUAUCUGGGACAGAGGUGUGCCUGGUCACCACAACCAGUUUGGCAGGGACCGUACUUUUUAAACGACAGAGUGUUUAUUUGCGAAGGAUUUUAUAGCUGUUCUUACAUUCCUUUUUUUUUUUUUUUUUGCAACGGUCUAAAAGGUUACUCGCUGUGCACCUGGCCUAACUUUCCAGUCUUGCUGCAGUCAUGUGCCCAAAUCAGUGUGCCUGUACAUCGACUGUCCCGCACCGGGGGCGCUGGCUUCUCGGCCCAGCUGUGGGCAGUCCUCGAAACCAGUGGGGCAUUGGGCACCCUUGCUCUGGGCACAGUACUUAGUGUCCAUUGACUCGCAGUCGGCUGCCUUCGACGCCCAUGGGGCUGCAGGGGGGCAGCUCGCGACGUAAGUGCUUUGUGUGUACAUGUGAUAUUUUCUGUAAAAGCUUAGGACACGCCAUACUGCAACGAUAACCGAAACCAUAUCAUUCCAUACAUUCAUUCCAUUUUCCGUGCAAACAUGUGAUAUAGAACAUUUUCUUUUAUCCCACCAGGCAAAAAAAGUUUUUAUGGAGCAGAAGACAAUCUGUGCUGUUUUAAGGGCGUUUGUGAGCGCGUUUGUUUUACAGCUACUGUGUGCAAUUUUCAUCUUCCAUUUGACGGUACAAUAAAUUUGCGAUACUUGAAAACUUUCUCUCAAGGUUAGCUGCACACGCUCGCUUCCCCGAGGAGAACUGGUGCGAUUGUUGUUGAGUGCCAAGCCUGCAUGUCUGAAACUCGUUUUCUCUGUGACAUGCUGCUGAACUGUUUUGACUGGCUUGGCCAAUAGGAAGUGAUUGCAACAUCUCUUGAAUGUCCAAGUAAGCAAUAAAUUGAUUUUAUUUUCAGAUACA